AUGGAAACCGUUAGCAACAUAGCACAAAGUGCCGUGAAGGCAGUAUGGGGAGAUGGUACAGAACAUGAAGAGCCCAUUUCCGGCGUUCAAGGCGACGUGUCAAAGGGCGAGCCAUACGACGGCGGCAAUGCCGACCCCAAAGACCAGGACAGAGCAGACCCAGAGUCCACAACAGCACAAAAAGAAGGCAGGUUCUCAAAAGAGACGCAAGACACCAAGCAAGACACCGAGGCCCCCAGCACGACAACAGAGUCUGGAGGGAGCACCGCCCGUGAAUCCAGACAGAAUUCGGCGCCAAAGCGCGACGAGAAAAACACAGAGGCACAUGACAGUCCCAGACCCCUGGCAGCCGUUGCCAAAGAGAACGGCGGUGACGCCGGCAACCUCCGGGCCGGGUCCAAAUCUACGUCCGCUGAAGCCGAUGCCGCUGACGCCGACGAGAACCCGAGCUCUGAAAGCAAAGGCACCGGCGAAAAGUACGUCAAGACAACGGGUCUCGCUGCAGACGGCGGAAACUUUGACGCGGUGAACCCCGGAGCGGGAAGAGAGGCCGAUCAAGACAAGAAAGCCACGAUUUUCCAUGCUGUGGAGCUUUACCGGAUUCACGUCGUGCUGACACCAUAUUCCCGGCUCCCAGGUCUCAUGCAGGAGAAAGGAGUCGACCACGAGGGCGGCGCUGACCAGCCCACCAAGCCUGACUCUUCUUCGUCUGCGUCUGGAAGCGGGAGCAAGGACGACAAGCCAAGCCUUAAGGAGAAGAUCAAGGACAAGCUGCAUAUGCACAAGUCCUGA